AUGACGUCCAUUACGUCUGUCGAAUUGAAUUACCUCAUCUUUCGUUACCUUCAAGAAUCAGGGUUCACACAUUCAGCAUUUGUUUUAGGAUAUGAGGCAAGUAUCAAAAAGUGUUCAAUUGAUGGAAAUUUGGUUCCCCCUGGUGCUCUUAUUACUUUUGUAAAAAAAGGACUUCAAUACUUGGAGAUGGAAGCAAACUUGAGUAAUAGUGACAUGGAUGUGGAUGAAGAUUUUUCAUUCUUACAACCUUUGGAUCUUAUCACAAAGGAUGUCUAUGAACUCCGGAAAAUUAUAAAAGAGAAAAGAAAAACUUUACAUAAGGUAAGAGAUAAAGACAGAGAGCUUGAUAAGGAAGAUGAAGAUGAGCAUGCACAAAUAAGGGACAAAGAAAGACAUGAAGAGGAGAAGGAGCACAACAAGGAUAAAGAGAGGACAGAGAAGGACAAGGAUGGAGAAAAGCAGCUCGACGAACAACAAGCCAGCAGAAAAAUGGUUAUAGAUGAUCAAGAAAAUAGAGUUCAAGUAAAACCUGAAAAUAAUGGAGUAUUAGGAGGACCAGAACCAAUGGAUUUUUCCACAGCCUUGACUUCUCAGGCAUGUGAUAUUCAUAGUUCUGAGGUGACAAUUUUGGAAGGACACACUUCAGAGGUUUGUGCUUGUGCAUGGAGUCCAGCAGGUUCUCUUCUUGCAUCAGGAUCUGGAGAUUCGACAGCUCGUAUAUGGACAAUAGCUGAUAAUAGCUGGAGAUCUGGUUCUAGUGCUCCUUUGAAUGUGCUGGUGCUGAAACAUGUUAGGGGUAGAACAAAUGAGAAGAGUGAAGAUGUCACUAAACUUGAUUGGAAUGGGGAGGGGACACAACUUGCAACUGGUUCAUAUGAUGGGCAAGCAAGAAUUUGGACUGCAAAUGGUGAAUUGAGGAGUACUCUAAGUAAACAUAAAGGACCCAUAUUCUCUUUAAAGUGGAAUAAGAAGGGUGAUUAUCUUCUUACUGGUAGCUGUGACAAAACUGCAAUUGUAUGGGAUGUAAAGGCAGAGGAAUGCAAACAACAGUUUUAUUUUCAUUCAGGUCCAACACUUGAUGUUGACUGGCGCAACAAUGUCUCAUUUGCAACAAGCUCCACAGAUAAUAUGAUAUAUGUUUGCAAGAUUGGGGAAAUCGAUCCUAUCAAAAUAUUUGCCGGGCAUCAGGGUGAAGUUAACUGUGUCAAAUGGGAUCCAACAGGGUCACUGUUGGCCUCUUGCUCUGAUGAUAUCACUGCAAAGAUAUGGAGUAUGAAACAGGACAAAUUUGUUCAUGAUUUAAGGGCACAUUCUAAGGAGAUAUAUACUAUCAGAUGGAGUCCCACUGGAUCGGGUACGAGCAACCCUAAUCAGCAGUUAGUGUUGGCAAGUGCAUCAUUUGACUCAACAGUGAAGCUAUGGGAUGUGGAACAUGGGAAACUUCUCUACAGCUUGAAUGGUCACAGAGAGCCUGUAUAUUCUGUUGCAUUUAGCCCAAAUGGUGAGUAUUUGGCUAGUGGAUCUCUUGAUAGAUCCAUGCACAUCUGGUCAUUGAAGGAAGGCAAGAUGGUCAAGACGUACACUGGCAAUGGGGGCGUGUUUGAAGUUUGCUGGAACAAGGAAGGUGACAAGAUUGCUGCAUGUUUCGCCAAUAAUGUAGUUUGUGUUUUGGAUUUUCGAAUGUAA